AUGGGAAGAUCUCCAUUGUCUGAAGAUAGUGGUGUGAAGAAAGGGCCAUGGACUCCUGAGGAAGAUGAGAAGCUCACCAAAUACAUUAAAAAACAUGGCCAUGGCAGCUGGAGAGCCCUCCCAAGACUUGCUGGAUUAAACAGAUGUGGAAAGAGCUGUAGGCUUCGUUGGACAAAUUAUCUGAGACCAGAUAUCAAGAGAGGAAAGUUCUCCCAAGAGGAAGAACAAACCAUCCUCUACCUCCACUCCAUUCUUGGCAACAAGUGGUCCGCAAUAGCCACACACCUACCCGGGAGAACAGACAACGAGAUAAAGAACUUCUGGAACACCCAUCUAAAGAAGAGGCUGAUCCAGAUGGGGUUCGACCCGAUGACCCACCGCCCGCGCACCGACAUCUUCGCGACCCUCCCGCACCUCCUCGCCCUCGCGAACCUCAUCGAUAACCCCUCCCCCGCCUCGUGGGAGGACCACGCCAUCCAUAUGCAAUCCGAAGCCCUGCAAAUGGCUCGCCUCAACCAAUGCCUCCAACACCUCCUCCGCCCCUCCAUCCAAAUCCCUAAUUUCCACGACGCCGCCAUCCUCGCCCACCUCGAGGCGCCCCCGCCUCCGUUCGCGCACUUGCCGGAGUUGAAGACGGCGCCAUACGGCGGCGGCGAUUUCGCCGGAGUGAUGGGGCAAUUGGAGAAUUCAUCGCCGUCUUCGUCGUCGUGGAUGCAGCAGAGCCUCUCGCAGUCUCCGGUGGCGGCGCAGGUGGCGGAGAGUUCUGUUAUUGAUAAUACUGUGGAUGUGUGCGGCGCGUCGAGCUACGGCGGCGGCGCCGCUCAAAUGUGGUCGGAGCUUCUUGAUGAUCCUAUUUUCGUUGACAUUCCUUGAUGAAUAAUAAUUAUAAAUAUAUA